AUGCCCAUUCACUUCCAGUUCUUUGCUAACUGGUCAAAGCUUCUCGACAUCGUCCACCCCGCCGCAAGAAUUCUCGUCGAUAUUGCUCGAUCGCAAGAUGCCGAAGUCGGUGAUGGAACCACAUCAGUCGUUGUCCUUGCCGGCGAGAUCCUGAAGGAGGUCAAGGAACACGUUGAGCAGGGUGUUAGCUCUCAGAUUAUCAUUAAGGGUCUGAGGAGGGCAUCUCAGAUGGCUGUCAACAAGAUCAAGGAGGUUGCUGUUAGCACAAACGAGGGCAACCGCCGUGAUACUCUUAUCAAGCUGGCUUCUACUGCCAUGACAAGCAAGCUGAUCAAGAGAAAUACUACAUUCUUCACCAAGAUGGUUGUCGAUGCCGUCUUGUCCCUUGACCAGGACGACCUCAACGAGAAGCUCAUCGGCAUCAAGAAGAUCCCUGGUGGUUCCCUGACCGACUCCCUCUUCGUUAACGGUGUCGCCUUUAAGAAGACCUUUUCCUAUGCCGGUUUCGAACAACAACCAAAAUCUUUCGAGCAACCCAAGAUCGUGUGCUUGAACGUCGAGCUGGAGCUCAAGGCCGAGAAGGACAACGCCGAGGUCCGUGUUGAGCAGGUUUCCGAGUACCAGGCAAUCGUCGAUGCGGAGUGGCAGAUUAUCUACAAGAAGCUUGAGGCAGUCUACAAGACUGGUGCCAAGGUUGUGCUCAGCAAGCUGCCCAUCGGUGACCUGGCCACACAAUUUUUCGCUGAUCGAGAUGUCUUCUGUGCUGGUCGUGUGGCUGGUGAUGAUAUGGAGCGCGUUGUCCAGGCCACUGGUGCUGUUGUUCAAUCGACAUGUUCCGAUAUUCUGCCCGAGCAUCUGGGUACCUGCGGCAAGUUCGAGGAGCGCCAGAUAGGUGGUGAGCGUUUCAACUUUUUCGAGGACUGUCCCGAGGCCAAGACUUGCACCCUCGUCCUCCGCGGAGGCGCUGAGCAGUUUAUUGCUGAAGUUGAGCGAUCGCUGCACGAUGCCAUCAUGAUCGUUAAGCGUGCCAUCCGAAACCAUCUCAUUGUCGGCGGCGGUGGUGCUACUGAGAUGGAAGUUUCAGCAUACCUUCACCAGUUCGCUGAUAAGAACAUCUCUACCAAGCAGCAAGCUAUUAUCAAGUCUUUUGCCAAGGCUCUUGAGAUCAUCCCUCGCCAGCUUUGUGACAAUGCUGGUUUCGAUGCCACUGAUAUUCUCAACAAGCUCCGUGUUGCGCACCGAAGGGGUCAGACAUGGGCUGGUGUUGAUUUCCAGAACGAGGGCGUUACUGACAUGAUGGAACAAUUUGUCUGGGAGCCCGCUCUUGUCAAGAUCAACGCUAUCCAGGCUGCUACCGAGGCCAGCUGCCUCAUCCUUGGAGUCGACGAGACUAUCCGCAAUGAGGAGAGUGCUAAGCCUCAGGCUCCUGGUCAGCUACCGCCAGGUGCUGCGCAGCGUGCUCUGCGGGGUCGCGGACGUGGCAUGCCCCGGAGGUAA